AUGCUUGACGAAGCAGAUCAACCCAAGAAAGGAGGAAAGAAAACGGGUAUGAAAGCUGUUUUCAAAGAUUUUUCUGUCCCUUCUCCAAUUGCCACAAUUUUAACUCCCAUUACCAUUCCCCUUUGCCCAACGGUUUCAUUGGGAGUCUUGCAAGUCCAAACCUCAUUCUUUUCUGAUUCCACCACCACCAUCACUACCUUCUUUGUUGAUCCUCUAGUAACUAUUAAUGCAUCUGAUGUGGGGGCAGGUGCUUCAGGAUUCACAGCUGGUCAUUUGACACCACCUGUUUCACCUUUCCACCAUGAUGAUCCAGCCAUGAUCUAUGGUGAUGAUGACGAAGACUUCGAAGGAUUCGCCUACAGUCCAUUCAAAAUUUGGACAAAAAGUGAUGACGAAGCUCCUGUAACAAAAGGGAAACUCAAAGCGAUAAAUGAAAAACUAGACUCGUUGCCCCAAGCCUCUAAAGCAUCAUCCACUGAUGAUUAUUCACAAGCAUCGAUGUAG